GGACGUUUUGGGAAUCAGGUGGACUUCUUCUUGCAGCUUGCGACACCGGCUGGAAGAGAAUAUCUAUCGAGCAGUCUGCCUCAUUUCAAUGGCGAAACCUGCAGCGGAUAUCCGCUGGAGACUGAUGCUCGUGUGUGCUGUAUUUGCAGCAGGAAAGAUCGGAUUUCUCACUCCUGUCAAUGGCCAAACGAGCAAUCGAUGUCCCCGCGCAUUUUUCAACUUUGGAACGUCGCUCACCGAUACAGGAAAUAUUCUCAAUGAGUUUCCAUUCUCUCCUGAGAUCACCAAAUUCGCUGAUCCGGAGAAUCCUCCGUAUGGAGAUGCCUUUUUCCGCCGACCAGCCAAACGCUACUGCAAUGGUCGUCUCAUCCCUGACUUUAUUUCUCUGGCCUUUGACGUACCAUUACUGGACGCGUAUACCUCUCCAACAGUCUUCAAUUUCAGGCAUGGAUUAAACUUUGCAGGCGAUCUAGUAGGCGUCUCUAGCGAUGGAAAAUCCUUGCCUCUUUUCCUACCCCUGCAGAUCAAGCAAUUCAUCAGAUUCAAGAGCAGCGCACUCACAGCUCAAUCGCAAGUGGAAUGUUUGUCUUCGAUCUCCUCUCUACCACCGAGAAUUCAUUUUCAAGAGGGUCUGUAUACUCUAGAAUUUGGAAGUAGUGACAUCAGAUCUGCACUUCAACGAGGUCUCAGCACAGCAUCGAUUCUCCAAAAUAUCAUACCAGCUGCAGUAAAGAGCGUUCUUGGGGCGGUGCAGAUUCUCUACCAAUAUGAAGCGCGAAAUUUCUUGAUUUACAACAUAUUUCCACAAGGUUGUUCGCCGCAAAUACUGACGUUAUUAGACGAAGCGGACUUGACCAAAGAUGAUCUGGGUUGCAUAGCCGAGAUCAAUCAACUGGAUGAAGCCUACAACAGCCAACUCUUUCUGGGCUUGGAAUUCCUGAGAGCGUCACUCCCCGACACGAACAUCAUCCUCUUUGACUUCUACAAUGCUACGAUCGAAAUGUUGCGAAACCCUUCGGAAUACGGUUUUGAUCCAAACUCUACACUCUCGACGUGUUGUGGGGCUGCUGGAAUAGGGGACUACAACUUCAAUCCUAAUGCUACUUGUGCCACUUCUGGCUCCAACAAAUGUGCCGAUCCUGACAAGUAUAUAUUCUGGGACGGGAUACAUUUUACGGAAAGUUUCUAUCGGAUCAUGUCUAAAUUCAUCCUGACCGGACAAUUUCUUACUCCCGGGACUGAUUUCAGCAACUUGUGUAGACUUAAUUUCACAAACUUUGUAAGUUCGGUGACAUACGAACAGGUGUAUGGAGGAUUGUGCAACGUCUGGUACGCUUGAUAUGGUCGGGAAUCGGAGGUAAUUGUACAGCUUUAGGCAUACAGCGUGGCGACGGUUUAUUCUUAUUUUCCUGUGUACAGGGAGUUUUCAAAUUGAAGUGAUAUGGAGGAUUGUAUUUAUAGUGUACGUACAUAAUCCUCGUUCACUUUAUACAUAGAGAUUUCGUUGCGAGUUAAAACAGGUUUUGCACAGGUUUAGGUAUAGGGAUUAUUCAACAAUCAGCUUUUCUGGUGAUAUAGGUGUGUCGGCGUUAGAAAUUUUGUUCUCGCUAUAUUAAUUGCUACA